UCUGCGAGACAACGCUCCCCAGCCCUGGAAAAUACCAUAAUAAAAUCACAAAAGUGCACUUACCGAAUAAAAUUAAUAACAAAAUAUUACAACAAAUGAAAAAAUAAAUGCAUUCGGAUAAAUAUUAAGUGAAAUCGCCGCAUUACCACCGAUUGCAAUACGAGUAAAAGCGCCACUCGAAACGGGAACAAACGUGUUUGGCCAACCAGUCGUUUUUUUCGCCUCCAAAAAACCAGGCUAGCAGUGAUUUUUCGGGGGGGAGGGACGCAAUAAAACCCGUGGAAAACCGCCUGAAAGGAGCGCCCAGUUUUGGCAGCAACUUUUUAAUACAACUUCCCAAUCCAGAAGUAAAAAAAAAGGAAAACUAAAAUAAAACGGGGGCGUCUGUCGCUUGAGUGUGUUUGUGUGUGCGUGUUAGCCAGAACAAGUUGCCGUACCUGUGCCUGUGUGUGUGGUGAGGGUUUUUUGAUGUCUGCGCUGCUUUUUUUCCCAGCCGAGGUGAGCACACAGGUGAAAUAUCGGUGCAUUCGGCUGCCUUGGCAACAGUUCCAUAAAAAAAGACAAGACACCCCAUCUAUAUAUAUAUAUAUAGAAAACCCACCCAAACAAAACAAAACGCAAUCCAACGAAAAUGCUACGUUUUCUAAGCCGUCGCAAGGUGCGCAACAACUAUGUGGAUAAUUCCCGAGGGGGCGGUGGUGCAGGCGGUUCCGCGGUGGGCGGAGGAGGAGGUGCUGUCACCGCCAGCGGUUCGCAAAUUAAGCCACAGCGUAUCGUGGUCAACAAGAACAAGAUCGACUGCCGCGUCAUUCUGCUGGACAACACUGACCUUUCCAUCGAAUUAUCGAAAAAAGCGUUGGGCAGUUUCCUGUACGAACAGGUCUUCUACGCACUGGACAUCAUCGAGAAGGAUUACUUCGGACUGCAGUUCACAGAUGCCAAUCACGUCAAGCACUGGCUGGAUCCCACCAAGCCCAUUAAGAAGCAGGUCAAAAUUGGACCGCCCUACACGUUCCGCCUGAAGGUGAAGUUCUACUCUUCGGAACCGAAUACACUCCGAGAAGAGCUCACUCGCUACCUGUUCUUUCUGCAAUUGAAACAAGAUCUUCUUGAGGGACGUCUCGACUGUCCGGACGACAAAGCCACCGAACUGUGCGCUUUGGCAUUGCAGUCUGAACUGGGCGACUAUGAUAACCAGGAGCAUUCGGCAGCCACCGUCUCGGAGUUCCGUUUCGUGCCCGAGCAAACUGAGGACUUGGAGAUAGCCAUUCUUGAUGAGUACAAGACGUGCCGGGGCCUCACGCCCGCCCAAGCGGAGACCGCCUUCCUGAACAAAGCCAAAUGGCUGGACAUGUACGGUGUUGAUAUGCACACGGUGCUCGGAAAGGAUGGCUGCGAAUACCACCUUGGUCUCACGCCCACUGGCAUUCUUGUAUUUGAGCGAGAUCAGAAGAUCGGCCUGUUCUUUUGGCCUAAGAUCAGCAAGCUGGAUUUCAAGAAAAAGAAACUGACUCUGAUUGUAAUCGAGGAUGACGACGAGGGCAGAGAGCAAGAGCACACCUUUGUCUUCCGUUUGUACAACGAGAAAGCCUGCAAGCACCUGUGGAAGUGCGCCGUGGAGCAUCACACCUUCUUCCGGCUAAGGGCGCCCGUAAAGGGUCCCUCUGCCCGACAAAACUUCUUCCGCAUGGGCUCUCGCUUCAGGUACUCCGGUCGCACCGAGUUCCAGACCACGCAGCAGAGUCGCGCCAGGAGAACUGUGCAAUUUGAAAGGCGACCAUCGCAACGAUUCGCCAGCCGGCAGUCGCACCUGUUGCGCGAACGACAAAAGGCUUCCCAAGAGUCGGCGGCCUCGGCCGUAGCCACUGUUAAUGCUCGAGCUGCUGCAGCUGCAGCCGCCGCCGCCGCUUCACAACCGGCUGCACCAGCUACUCCCUUAGUAACUUCCAAUGUAUCCUCGCCAUCGCUGAGCAACGAUAACAAUAACGAUGCCUUCGAUUCUCUCAUUUCCACGGAUCAGUUUAUCACUGUAACUCCCUCGCCUUCGGUGCUCACUGUCAUUCAAAACUCGGCCAUUAUUGAACCGGAUGCGGCCUGCAGCGGUUCCAUAAGUUCCUCCUCCCAGGCGGCAACCAACUUUGCCUCGCUGGGUCGCAACUCCCUCAAGUCGAACUUCAGCAACGAGGAUCCAGCGUACAGCAAGAUCGGUUCAAUUGGCAAGGCCUCCGGAUUAACUGUGAAAUUGGAUACAGACUACACUCCACCAUACUCACCCAACGCCACCAAGAACUUUGAUGAGACCAAUCCGUUCAGAAAUGCAUCGACCUCGCAUCACGGCAGCUUUGGAAAGGCUUCCAUUAGCUCUGGCCAGCUCAGUGUUAAGAGCGGCUUGUCGGAUAAAGAUAGAGAGCUAGACUCAUUGCUUAAGUCCAUUGUCAAAGAUCCAUCCCCAUCAGUGCUAGCAAACGAAGCCAUUAACGAUGCUAACAGUAUCAGGGUGACUAUUAACAAGACCUUCGACAUGGAUCACAACACGGAGACACUGAAGCGCCUCUCGAACACCAACGAGAAGCCCAACAAUCAAGUGAAGCUGGCUAAUGUGAGCACCACGGCUCUACCGCCUGGCAACAUCAAGUGCAAUAUUCUAAAGGCUCGCGUUGAGGAGGAACUGGGCGCCGGCGGCAAUGCUAAGCUCACCAAUCAGAUGUUUGUGCCGGCCGCCCACAGCAGCAACAUGCACACGAGCAACACGAACAGCGGCGGCGGCAACACCAACAGCAGCAGCAGCAACAGCAACAGCCAUGCACACAGCGAUGGACCGGAUUCCCUGAACGCCACCUACAUAUCAGUGGGAGGCGAUAAGCUGACGCUCAGCAUACCGGAACAGAAGCCAUCGACGGGCAGUGGCAGCAGCUCCAGCGGCUCGAGCACCAACACCACCACCACCACUGCCACCACCAAUGGAAAUGCGCCCUUUAGCAACGCGACCUUUGUGUCCGGAUUCAGUGCACCACUCACGCCUCCAUCGUCGCUGCCAGCUAAUCUGAAUCUCAACAACACCGGUAGCGGUGCCUCAUCCACCCUCACGAGUGUGACCACCAUUAGCACACCCAGCAGCCCCACGGCCAGCGUUAACACCACCGCCUCGGAGCCGGUGGCUCCAGCUUUGAGCAACGCAUCGGCCGCCGAAAUACUCAUUAAUGAAAUAUUCAUUAACAACAUCAUAAACAACAAUGCCAGCGGCAGUAUCACCACCGAAACUGCGGCCAAACCGGCGGGCAGCUCAACGCCCAGCGCCGGCACCUUGCUCUUCUCCACGCUCAGUGAACAGGAGCGGCUGGAGUCGCAGAAAAGCAGUCAGCAACUGAAUCAGAAUCUAAACCUGAAUCAAAACCACAGCGAAGUCGAUGCGCCGCCGAGUGAAAAGAAAACGCCGAGCAAUUAUCCGGACAACAGCCGCAUUCCGUUUCCGUCCACCAGCAGCAGCAACAUCAACAGCAACGACAUGGUAUCGCCCUGGCUGGUUUCUUCGGAGGUGGUAUCGGCCCCCAAGGGACGCGAGCCGACCAUCAUUCGCAAAUCCGUUAUUACAACCCAGUUGUAAUUAUUGUUUAACUGUAUCCCCUUCUUCGCUCGUAAGCUAAAUGUUCGUAUUUAUAAAAUAAUCGGUAGCUAUGGAAAUCUAGGCAGACGUAUUCGUAACGUAUUCGUAUUUUAUCGUAGACAAACUUAGACAAGUUUUAAGCAUUCCACGCAAGAGCAACGACAUAAAGACAAUGAGAGAGCAGGUCCAAUCAAAAGUAAACUGUCCAUAAAUGUGCCUUAAUGAUCUAUAUUUAUAUACUUUACAUAUAUCAUAUACACUGAUACACUGAUAUCGAGGAACGAAAUGUGCUAAACCGUGUACUUAAUAAAGUAUUCAUUCGCUGUAAGUGUA